ACGUCAGUAUGAACAGGAGAUUGUAUCGUUUCCCAGUUAUUCUAAAAUAAUGAUAAAAGUAUCAUUAUCGCAAUAAUGAGUAUCGACGUGUAAUAAAUACGCUUAGGAAUUCGGCUAAUUUAACGCGUGGCGAAUCAAAAAUGCGGUUAAUUAUAUUUUUUUACUUUUUGCUACUGUGUGCGAUAUGCGCUAAAGCAGACAAAAAGGUAAACAAGUAUGUGACCACUUUAAUAGAUGCAAAAUGGAAAGAAACACCCUUAGCUUUGGAAGCUGCUGAAUAUUUGAACGAUGAAAAUCCAAGUUACUUUUGGAAAUUCGUAGAUACUUUCGCCAAUUACGAUUUAAGAAAUGUUACAGAAAAAGAGAACUAUGAUGCUGUUAUUGCAUUUGCUGAAAAAUAUUUAUCCCAGUCGGAGGUAGCAUUAAUGAAGUUAGGAUUGUCUUUGCGAAUUUAUUCGGCACGAGUGGAAAUGUUUACACAGAUGGCAGAAAAUAAAAAUAUCUCUGUUUUUGAUUGUUAUAACGUAGUAAACGUUGGUGGAGUGUUUACCUGUUCUUUGGAAGAAUUGGAGGAACUAGCCAGUCAAGAUACUUGGUUACAUCCAGAUACUUAUAGCGUGGAUCAUCGUUAUCACACAUCUCAACAGUCAGAAAAAAUUAUUAUAUUGUACGGUCAGAUAGGAACGCCAAAAUUCUCAGAUUUUCAUAAUAAAUUAAAAAAUCUUGCAGAAACCAAAGGAAUUAAUUACAUUUUGCGACAUUAUUUAAAGGAUAGAUCAGACAAAAAUGUACGUUUGUCAGGAUAUGGGGUAGAAUUGCAGAUGAAGUCCACUGAAUAUAAAGCAACAGAUGAUUCAGAUAUCAAAGAUAAUGCAGGAAAAGAUUCAGAGACCACAAAUGACAGCAUGGAAGAAAUAGAUGGAAUUAAUUUUGUAACAUUAAAAAAAUUGUUUCCUGACAAGCAGUCAGAGCUGGAUAAAUUACAAAUUCAUUUACUUGAAACUAGUCAUGAAAUUGGUGCUCUAAAAGUGUGGCAAUUUCAAGAAUUAAGUCAUCAAGCAGCUGAAAGAAUAAUGAAUUCUCCCACAAACGAGGCUAUUAACAUUUUAACAGAUAUUUCACAAAAUUUUCCAAUGCAAGCAAAAUCACUGAUUAGAACAAAAGUGAACAACGAAAUGAAGAAAGAAAUGAAACUCAAUCAAGCGAUGUUUUCUACAAGCUUGAAUAUACAACCCACAGAUACAGCGCUUUUUAUUAAUGGAUUAUUUUUCGAUUUAGAAGCAGUAGAUGUUCUCAGUCUCUUAGAAUCAUUAAGAAGCGAAUUAAGAGUAAUGGAAUCUCUUCGUAAGAUCGGAUUUAGUAAUAAAGAGAUGAGUACAUUGCUGGCUUUGGACUUAUCUACUAACAUGGAUAAGCAAGAAUUUGCAAUGGAUAUAAGAGAUUCAGCGAUAAACUGGAUAAACGACAUCGAACAGGAUUCAGCUUACGCGAGAUGGUCGUCAUCGUUAACAGAAUUACUAAGACCAACCUUUCCUGGAAUGCUUAGAAAUAUCAGGAGAAAUUUAUACAAUUUGGUAUUAAUUAUCAACCCUCUAAGUGGAGAAUCCACUCCUUUGCUAACUUUAGCACAAUCUUUAUAUUUACAUUCCGCACCAUUAAGAGUAGGUUUCGUUUUUGUAACGAAUUACAAUACGUCUAUAACUGGAUUGAGUGAUGCUAGUGUCGCCGUUAACAAUGCAUUUCAUUACUUCGUGGAAACUAAAGGAUCGGAACAUGCUUUGCAAUUUCUGAUAGACUUAGGAAAUUACAUUGGGCCAGAUGAUGCGGACGUAGAGGAUGUAAAGAAAGCAAUAAAAGUGCAAGAUUCAUCUGCUAACAUAAAUUAUAUCCUUGGUGAAGAAUCUGAAUAUGACGUAGGACGUCAUUUAGCUAACGACUUUGUAAAGCGGUCUGGUUUUAAAAAAUUCCCGCAAGCUUUGUUAAAUGGCGUACCUUUGUCAUCUGAUCAAUUGAAUGCCAAUUCAUUCGAAGAAGCUGUUCUAUCUACGAUCAUGUCGCAAACGCCUUCAUUGCAAAAAGCAGUAUACCGAGGAGAAAUAACCGAAGGAGAUGAUGUAGUCGAUUACAUCAUGAAUCAGCCGAAUGUUAUGCCUCGCUUAAACGAACGAAUAUUAAAACCAGAGAAACACACUUGGUUAAAUUUAAUUGGCAGUAUACCAAACGAUGAAGAUUACACUAAAUGGAGUCCCCAAGAUUUAUCAACCUGGUUGAUGAACAAAAUGCGUUAUAUGUAUGUACCACGUCGUACAAGUGUGCAUCACCUAUAUACCUUUUGGAUUGUAGCAAAUUUAAAUGAUCCGGAAGGCAGACGUUUAUUACGUGAGGCACUUGAAUACAUAGAAUCAAAUGCAGAUGUCAGAAUUACUGUAAUCGUUAAUCCCCUCGUCAAUACCAGUGAUGAUGAUGAUGAUACGAUUGACAUUAAUCAAAUAGUUUUAGCUGCGUUACACAGUCUACCGGUAGAGAAGUCUAUACGGUUUAUUCGUAACAUAAUUAAGGAAGAUGCCGUUGCUAGCGACGACAAAGUUGAUGUGGAGGAAGAGGCUGUGAAAGAACGGUUGAAAAAUCAAGCCGAUGAAUUGUUUGUGCAUCGUCGAUACGUCAAGACGGUACUAAAUUUGGAACAAGGAGACAGAGCGAUCGUAUGCAAUGGACGAUUAAUCGGUCCUUUAGAUGAGGGCGAGGAAUUUACAAGCGAAGAUUUUUCGUUGUUGGAAAGAUUCAGUCAAAGUACUUAUGACGAUAAAUUAUUCAAGAAAUUGAUAAAGGGACAAUUGUUGGAAAAUGACGAGUAUGAAAGAAGCGAAAUCACCGAUGAUAUGAUAAUGAAAAUUACAUCCUUGUUAGCAUCACAUCCUCAGACACGAAGUCGAUUUCACGUUCCUUUUCACGGUGAUGAAUACAGUGCCAUAAAGGUUCCAGCGAUGAAUCCGGACGAAGUGGCAUUUAACUUAAUCGCUAUUGUCGAUCCAGUAUCUCGCGGCGCUCAAAAAUUGGGACCGAUUUUGAAGACGCUUCAACAGUCUCUGAACUGUAACGUUAAAGUGUUUUUAAACUGUUUGGACAAAAAUAGUGACAUGCCAUUAAAAAGCUUUUAUCGCUUCGUGUUCGAACCUCAGCUACAAUUCUCCACUGAUGGACGUGUUAAUGGUGCUAUGGCGAAAUUUACAAAAUUGCCAACUUCGUCUCUUUUGACGCAAUAUAUUCACGCACCAGAAAAUUGGUUAGUGGAAGUAGUCAGGAGCGUUUACGAUUUAGACAACAUAAAGCUGGACAAUGUCGCAAUUGGAGUGCACAGCGAAUUCGAAUUAGAACAUUUGCUACUCGAAGGUCAUUGUUUCGAAGCAGUAAUCGGAAACCCACCUCGCGGAUUACAAAUCACACUGGGAACAGAAAAGCAACCGUUAAUGGUGGACACUAUAGUAAUGGCAAACCUGGGAUAUUUUCAGUUAAAAGCUAACCCAGGCGAAUGGGUGUUGCGUCUUCGGCAAGGACGGUCGGCGGAAAUCUAUGAUUUCACAACUAUCGGUGGUCAAGAUGUUUUGCAGAACGGCAAUGACGUGAAAGUUGUGAUAAGCUCUUUAAGAAGCCACGUGUUGAAAGUCAAAGUAUCCAAAAAGCCGGACAAAAUGGGAAUGGAUCUUCUAUCGGAAGACGAUAAAAGUUCUGGCUUGUGGAACUCUAUCUCUAGCUUUUCCAAAUUUUGGACAUUUACAACAGCAGAAGACAGCGAUGAUCAGGAUGAAAAAUUAAAUAUCUUCUCUUUAGCCUCUGGACACUUGUACGAAAGAUUUUUGAAAAUUAUGAUGUUGAGUGUUAUAAAACAUACCAAAAGCCCCGUAAAAUUUUGGUUCUUGAAGAAUUAUCUUUCACCAACGCUGAAAGACUUCUUACCGCACAUGGCAAAAGAAUACGGUUUCGAGUAUGAAUUAGUACAGUACAAAUGGCCUCGUUGGCUCCAUCAACAGACUGAAAAACAAAGGACCAUAUGGGGCUACAAGAUACUAUUUUUAGACGUGUUGUUUCCGUUAAACGUUAAAAAGAUAAUAUUCGUUGAUGCUGAUCAGGUUGUAAGAGCUGAUUUAAAAGAAUUAGCGACCAUGGAUCUCGCCGGCGCACCAUAUGCAUACACUCCAUUUUGUGACAGUAGAAAGGAAAUGGACGGCUUUAGAUUUUGGAAGCAAGGUUACUGGCGAAAUCAUUUACAGGGACGCUCUUAUCAUAUUAGUGCUCUGUACGUGGUGGAUUUGAAGCGAUUCCGACGCAUUGCAGCCGGAGAUCGAUUGAGAGGACAGUACCAAGCACUGAGUCAAGAUCCUAAUAGUUUGGCUAAUUUGGACCAAGAUCUUCCCAACAAUAUGAUUCAUCAAGUAGCUAUCAAAACAUUGCCACAGGAGUGGUUAUGGUGCGAGACUUGGUGCGACGAUGAAUCCAAGAGAUAUGCUAAAACUAUAGAUCUGUGUAACAAUCCAAUGACGAAAGAGGCUAAAUUACAAGCUGCCGUACGUAUAUUACCGGAAUGGAUAGGUUACGACGAAGAAAUAAAAGCUUUACAGUUGAAGCUAGAAAAUGAGAAUAGACAAACGGAGAAGGAAGAAAACGAAACAUUCGAAGAUAUGGAAGCUUUUGCGAAGCACGAAGAACUAUAAGCAGAAAUGAUACAAAGAACGAAUUUUCACUUUUUAAAGAGAAGAAUUUUAUGAAAAAUUUUCCAAAACUAAAUGAAUCGUCUCAAUAUUCGUAAACACGUUGUUUCGCAUGUUUUUUUUAAAGGUAAAAAUAUUGCAAAUUGCAAGACAAAAUGAAUCGCACCAUGGACUGACCGUACUUGAAAUUCAGCGAAACAUUCAGUCAUUUGGAGCUGGAUCGUGGUUAUCGUAAUAUUCUAGUAGUUAAUUGUAGACUGGGAACUAUGUCCGUGCCGAUAACAUGAUUGUGAUUUUGUAUUGUCUACUUUAUAGCUGUAAGAAAUAAACUUGUAACGUUUGUAA